CUCAAAAAGUACGUACUCCUACAAAACACACGCUUUCUAGAGAUAGACUUGCAAGUAUUGCUCUUUCGCUGCCAUUUAUCAUUUUACAUUCUCUGGUAAACGCAACCAGAGAGAGAGAGAGAGAGAGAGAGAGAGAGAUUAGUAAAAGUAGAACUGCGUGAACUCAAUACUCUUUCUCUUUCCUCUCUCUCUAUUCACGGCGACAAAGCCAAAGACUCUAUUCCACAUCGGUGCCGCCGCCAUGAUCUCGCUCAAUGGAGCCACCACGUACCUGAACAACUCAAUUGCUGGAGUUUCCAAAAGCUUAUCUCAUUCACAGAGAAGGGUCCAGGCUCCUGUGAUUGUUUCCGCUUUAAGCUCAAACAACAACGGGCCAGGGGAAAGAAAUGUGACCCUUUUGAUGGAAACUACUCUGAAGGAGAUGAGGGAAGCGUCUCCGGUUGUGGCGGUGGAGCCCAAGACCACCACCGUGGGCGGCGGGGUUGAAGACGUGUACGGUGAGGAUAGAGCCACCGAGGAUCAGCCUAUAACCCCUUGGACUGUCUCUGUUGCUAGUGGGUAUUCAUUGUUGCGGGAUCCACACCACAACAAAGGGCUUGCCUUCUCCGAGAAAGAGAGGGAUGCCCAUUUCUUGCGGGGUCUUCUCCCACCGGUGGUUGUUUCCCACGAUCUUCAGGUCAAGAAAAUGAUGCACAACAUGCGCCAGUAUCAAGUACCACUGCAGCAGUACAUGGCCAUGAUGGACCUUCAGGAAAUGAAUGAAAGGCUUUUCUACAAGCUUCUGAUUGACAAUGUUGAGGAGCUGCUCCCAGUUGUCUAUACUCCGACCGUUGGGGAGGCAUGCCAAAAAUAUGGGUGCAUCUUCAGGCGUCCUCAGGGUCUUUUCAUUAGUUUAAAAGAAAAGGGGAGAAUCCUUGAGGUACUGAAGAAUUGGCCUCAGAGGAAAAUUCAGGUUAUUGUUGUGACUGACGGGGAGAGAAUAUUGGGUCUUGGGGAUCUUGGCUGCCAGGGGAUGGGGAUACCAGUAGGUAAGCUCUCCUUGUACACGGCACUUGGAGGGAUUCGUCCAUCAGCUUGCUUGCCUAUAACCAUUGAUGUGGGAACAAAUAAUGAAAAAUUGUUGAACGAUGAGUUUUACAUUGGGCUAAGACAAAGAAGGGCUACUGGGCAGGAAUAUGCUGAAUUUAUGCAUGAGUUUAUGACUGCAGUCAAGCAGAACUAUGGGGAGAAAGUCCUCAUUCAGUUUGAAGACUUCGCGAACCAUAAUGCUUUUGAUCUGCUUUCAAAGUAUAGCAAUACACAUCUUGUUUUCAAUGAUGACAUUCAGGGGACAGCAUCUGUAGUCCUUGCAGGGCUUAUUUCAUCACUGAAGUUAGUUGGGGGAACCUUAGCUGAGCAGACAUUUCUAUUCCUAGGAGCAGGAGAGGCUGGCACUGGCAUCGCAGAACUCAUAGCUUUGGAGAUGUCAAAACAGACUGGAGCCCCCGUAGAAGAAAGCCGCAAGAAGAUUUGGCUUGUUGACUCAAAGGGGUUGAUUGUCAGCUCCCGAGCGGAGUCACUUCAACAUUUUAAGAAGCCUUGGGCACAUGAACAUCAACCUGUUAAAGAACUUGUUGGCGCUGUUAAGUCAAUCAAGCCAACAGUGUUGAUAGGAUCGUCAGGAGCGGGUAGAACUUUUACAAAAGAAGUAAUUGAGGCUAUGUCAUCCUUCAAUGAGAAACCCAUUAUUCUUGCUCUCUCCAAUCCAACUUCGCAAUCUGAAUGUACUGCCGAAGAAGCUUAUACAUGGAGUAAGGGUCGUGCCAUUUUUGCAAGUGGGAGCCCAUUUGGUCCAGUCGAAUAUAACGGGAAGGUUUAUUUGUCUGGCCAGGCAAACAAUGCAUACAUUUUCCCCGGUUUAGGUCUGGGGUUGAUAAUCUCUGGUGCAAUCCGUGUUCAUGAGGACAUGCUUCUGGUAGCUUCGGAAACUCUGGCAGCUGAGGUUUCACAGGAGAACUUUGACAAGGGGCUCAUAUACCCUCCAUUUACGAACAUCAGAAAGAUUUCUGCCCACAUUGCCGCCAAAGUUGCUGAGAAAGCCUAUGAACUCGGUUUGGCUACUCGCCUCCCUCGACCCAAUGAUCUCAUCGCAUACGCUGAGAGCUGCAUGUAUAGCCCCAACUACAGGAAUUACCGGUGAACGAGAUAUCCAGUCUUGGCCGCUCCAAUGAGCUCGUCAUGAUGUUAUCCCUUCUCAUCUUACGUUGGCCUUUUUUAUUUUUCGUUCUUUUUUGGAAGAAAAUUUCUGCAUUUUCUCUCGAAGUGUUAACUCAUAUGUGAUUGGAUAGGUAGAAGCAUGCUGGAGACUGAUAGUUAGCUCAGUAAAGAUCAUCUUUGGCUUUGCUAA